AAGACAUGUUUUACGCCGCCAAAAUAGUGAUGAUCGUCAGCGGGAUAUGGCGGAUGGAGCUGCCUACCGAGUCGAAUUUUUGGAUAACGGCUUAUAGAACGUAUUCUACUGUAGCGAAGAUAUUGCUAAGCACGACGGUUUUUGCGUUGGGUGCUAAAUUUCCCGCACUGCUUGAAAAAGAUGCACUGGCAGCAAUGGAAAAUGCUUCACUCACAAUUGCUUCCGGAGUUGUACUGAUAAAGGCGAUGGCAUGUCAGUCACGAAAAAAUAUUCAGUUAGUCCGAACGGCCAGACAAGAGGAGGAUCAGUUGUAUACUCAUCCUAACAAAAUUUCUCAAGGCGUCUACAGUCGCCAUGUCGAUUAUUGCCAGAAAUUAGCGCUUAGUAUCGCUAUCGUCUUUUUCGCAACUACAUUGGCUUUAAUAGCACAAGGGGCACAGAAAAACUACGCAUUAGCCAAGACCAGCCACAACAAUACCGUAGAAAAGCCACAUAUUUUAUUGUGUUGGUACCCCUUCCACACUGAAAACUACCACUUUUACAUACUCGUAGACCAGGCGAUAAGAGUACUCAAUACGGGUACUUGCAAUCUGUCUGUGAACAUAUUCAUAGAGACAGUUCUCCUGUUCUUAAGAGCCCAAUUGAUAAUACUUCAAGAACAAUUCAGAAGCUUCCACAAAGGCGCCGACGAGGCACCAAUCGCCAAUGCCGACCAAGUAAAUCACCAAGGUUUGAAGAAGCUGUGCAUCAGUCAUCGGAAAUUGAUCUAUUUUUUGGCGAGUUUCAACGAUUCCUUGAAAUUUAUAAUGCUCUUAGAGUACGUCGCGUCUUCCCUAAUAAUUGCAUCAUCGAUUCUAGAGGUUCUCGGAGGACACAAUGUGCCCUUCAACGCUGGCUUUGUGGUGACCAAUUUCGGCGGAUUAAUGCUUCUAUCGUGGAACUGCAAUGAAAUCAUGGUCCAGAGUGUCAAAUUGGCAACUGCGCUCUACGAGAGCAAAUGGUACGAGCAGGACAAACAAAGUAACGCUUUGCUUCAAAUAAUGAUGAUUCGGUCGCAAAAACCGUUAGUCAUUACAAUCGGAUCAUUCGGUCCGAUGACUCUGGACGCGGGAAUGUCCCGAAUGCGGCUUGCAUAUUCUUACACUACAGUUUUAGGAAGCAACUUUUGAAGUACACAUGGUAAUUAUUUGUAAGGCCCUAAAGUCGAAAAUUUCGUUUUUCGAUUAACUUUGAAUAGAUGUAGAAUCUUUUAAACGCCAUUUUUCCGUUGGUUGAAAAAUUGAAAUACCCAAUUGUGUAAAAUUUAUAAAAUACAGAAUGCAAUUAUCACAUUAAAUUUGUUGUAAUUGACGACAAAACAAAUCGAAAUAUAAAAGAAGCAGUAACGUAUCGUAUAUUUUGACAUUUCCUUAAAAUAAGCCUAUAAAAUCCUAUCCUACCUGUUCAGAAGCCACGUGAAACGACAAUGUGAAUAAUUUAAGAGCAGAUAAUGCUAAAAUUACUACCUUGGGGUUUAUUGUCGGGAUUUGAGGGUUACUUUCGCGGCGUGUGUAAUUUUAGAAAUAAAUAGUUUUAGCAAAUCUUUGCCUUAUAUGAAAAUGCCGCCCAGCGGCUUGCGUGUUUCUGCAAACCAUUCCCUAAACGAAGAAUGUAUUAACAAAAGUUUUUUUUAUUAGUAAUUAAUGACUUAAUUAGAUUGAUCAACCAGCAUUUAUCAAAAAUUUACCAUAAAAUGUUUUAGUUCUGAAACGCACUAAGAAAAAUUCACAACUUUAAUCACUUAAUCUACUGCAGUAAUUCUAUACAACA